UCGAUACUUAAGCAUCGUAAGCGAGAUUUUAAAGAGCACGAAGUGCUCAUAAUUAUGCUGUAGAAGAUGCGGUUCUUUAUGACGUAGAUAAGCCUUUUGAUGCAUUCACGAUGCCCCAUUUGCGGAUUAAGCCGUUUCCCGCGCCAGUGGGGGUCCAGUACGCGGAUGAUACGUGGACGGUGCUGAGGACCGCCAUCGAGGCGAUACUGCAGAAGCAGCCCGUUGAAACCAAUUUCGAAGACUUGUAUAAUCAUGCCUACGGAAUGUUCUUGCAUAAACACGGUGGGAUGGUGCAGGAUAAUCUGCGUAAUGUCAUCGCUGCGCACCUGGAGAGCCAUGUCCGCAACGAAGUGGCCCAGUGCGUGGAUGCCACCUUCCUCACCACCGUCAAGCGCACCUGGGACGCUUUCUCCUCCGGGAUGCAAAUCCUGAAAGACAUUUUCAUGUACAUGGAUCGCAAAGUCGAUGUCCAAGAUACGAAGACUUCCGCCGUAUACGCUAUGGGAUUGGGAUUGUUCCGGGACACGGUGCUGCAUUUCGGUCGGGUCAAGGAACGCCUGCUCAGCACUCUGCUGGAGCUGAUCAACAAAGAGAGAAAGGGUGACAGCGUCGAUCGGGAGACGAUCAAGGGAAUAACGGUCAUGCUGAUGGAUCUGGGUGCGGGAUCGCGGAUUGUGUAUGAAGAGGAUUUCGAGCGAGAUUUCCUCGCGGAUUCGGCUGCGUACUUCCGAUUGGAAUCACAGAAAUAUUUUUCGGACAACAGUGCCACCGAUUACAUCAAAAACGUGGAAAAGUUGAUCCAAAGCGAAGGAGAACGGACUAUGAACUGCUUGGAUCCCUCGACGAAAACCGGCGUAGACAGACUGAUUGAUACCGAGCUAAUCGAGAAGCACGUUGAGACCAUCAUCAAUAUGCCGGUCGGUGGGGUUGUGUCCCUCAUUCAAAACCGUAAUUUUACAGAGAUGACGGCAAUGUACAAAAUCCUCAACCGUAUCAACGAAGGCAUUCCUAAACUGCUAACACCCAUGAGUCAAUAUCUACGCCAGCAGGGAACCGCUCUGAUGUCUGACAGCACCGGCACUACAAAAACUCCUGUCCAGCUAAUUCAGGCUUUAUUGGAUCUAAAGCGCGAAUACGAUCUCUUUUUGGAGAAAUCUUUCAAAAAGGAUCCUCGUCUGCGUAAGAUGAUCGCCACGGAUUUUGAAUACUUCUUUAACCUCAACAAAAAGUCCCCGGAACUCUUGACUUUAUUUAUUGACGAACAACUGCGGAAUGCCAGUAAGAACGUACUAACGGAGCAGCAGCUUAACACUGUCCUGGAGCAAUCCAUGGUCCUCUUCCGUUAUCUGCAUGAUCGUGACCUUUUUGAACGAUAUUAUAAGCACUUCCUAGCGCGGCGCUUGUUGAACGCCCGCGGGCAGGCGGAAGAGGCGGAGAAGACCAUGUUGACGAAACUACGUAAUGAGGCCGGGUACAGCUAUACAUCGAAACUGGAGGGAAUGUACCGCGAUAUACUGUUGUCGGGGACGUGCAAUGAUAAGUUCCAGGAUCACUGCUUUCAGAACAAUAUUGCUACGUCGGUUGAGUUGAACGUACAAGUUCUGACAACGGGAUUCUGGCCGAUGCCGCCGUCACCGGCACCGAUUAACCUGCCCUGGGAAGCGCAGAAGACAUUUUUGGAGUUCCGAAAACUGUACCUGGAUAUGCACAACGGUCGCCAACUCAAUCUGCAGAAUAACCUCGGUACAGCGGAAAUCGCUGCGGAAUUCUACGGUCCGCCGGCUAUCAACGAUCAGCCACCGGCCGUCACUGGUGCCACCGGGCAGACUGUUCGCAAGUACAUGCUGCAAGUGACAACCUACCAGAUGGUGGUGCUCAUGUUAUUCAACAAACAGCCGGAGUGGUCUUACCAGGACAUGGCGACAGCCACAAACAUCCCCGAAAAGGAUCUCAAGAGGGCCAUUGCAUCGCUGUGUACCAGCAGGAUGCGGCUGUUAAUAAAGGUGGGCGCUGGGAAACUACCAGAAAGCGGGCAUCGAUUUGCUGUUAACGACAGCUUUUACUCUCAGCUAUUCCGUGUAAAGGUCAACACAGGCGGAAAGACGGAGUCGCGCGAGGACACCUCCCAUGAGGAGACCAGCAAGGAGGCGCGUGAAAAGCAGGAAAGUGAUCGCCGCCACGAAGUGGACGCCGCCGUGAUUCGCAUCAUGAAGGGCCACCGGCAGAUGGAUGAUGCGGAUCUCAUUGCCGAACUACACAAUGCACUGCUUCACCGUUUUACGCCCACCAUGGAUAUGAUCAAGAAGAGCAUUGAUGGACUCAUCGCCAGGGAAUUCAUUGUGCGAGCAGAGGACAACCGGACAAUACUGCGGUACAUCGCGUGAGCGGGAGACGGCGUUCUCAUGCCAGUCGAACAUUCGUUUUCGUUCUGAACCGAAAUGGGGAAAUAUUGGCACAGCUGAACUAGUACUCGGCACGGUGAACAAGGCUAAUCUUCUUUUCCAAAUUUUAUUGAAGCUGCUGAAACCAGUGCUGGUGCCAUUUGUGAUAUGUGCUUCUAGUUUUUGUUAUCUGCUUCAGUUCAGAAAAACUAAAAUUCAGAACUUUAGCUAGUAAAUACUCAAAAGGCGAUUUUGCGGAAGAUGUUUAUCAGUGCACCUUUUCUCUCCAGUGGGUUGUCAGGAGACAACAUACUUAUUAGAAGUUUUCUGCCCAUAAAUAUAUGUACUGAUGACGAUCACGGUAAAGUUCUUGCUGCUUUUCGUGGCAGUAUUCGGAAUUCGGAAACUGUCAUAUUAAACCACCGAUAACCACAGAAAAUAUGGUCGUACUAACGAAUACAUGUGUGGCGAAUGUUAGCUCCAAAAGUCUAUCUGGAAGUACUCAUCGUCUUAGCUUUAAGCCAAUGCAGCGUAGGCAUUAAGUGCUAUGGAUGUAAGGAAGAGAGCUGUUGGAUGCUGUCAGCUAAUAAAGGCACUCACAAUCUGCAGUACGCUUCCGCUGAUGAGCGGAAGGACUGCCCGACUGCGCAACUCUGCAUAAAACUGCGAUUCACAGAUCCGUUCGAAAGCCAUGCGGAUCCGUUUUACAUUUUUGAAUGCCUUUUUAACCCGGAAUAUCCGACUUGCGACAGCAUAACCAAAGUCUGGACAACCACAUUUGGGCGGAGCGUUAAGUGUCAUGCAUGCGCGACAGACUACUGCAAUAACGAAACGUUGGGAACGGAGGAGAAUCCCGGUUUGCCAGGCGAUGCCAAAUCAGCUGGCCCACAUGUACACCCGGAAACCAGCCUGCUCAUACUCAUCCCAAUGUUAAUCCUUUCUACGGCCAAUAUACAUCUGUCAACGAUAAUACGUGGAGCUGUCGUGCAGAAAUGGCUACCUAAUAAUUUCUUUGGACAUUCACAUUUGUAUGACGCUUUGUAUUGGAUAAAUGCCAGCGCACUCUUUCUAUACUCUAAAGUGGCAUUCUGCUGAAACUUUUAUCUUGGCACUGCCAGUAAUGCUGUGGGCAGGACUGCUGAUCUGUCCACUUCGAACGAGCACAGUAGUAAAAUAGAAUGACCAAUGAAAUCGCUGUAUGAUUGUUACAGCUGCGAUUUUUCGCUUUGCUCUGCGCAGUGUGUCGUGUUUGUGAUAAAAGAUGGCAGCGGCACCUGCCACUGGCAACUGCCACCGGCAGUGGCACAUGCCACCACGUG